CGUUGCUAGGAUACCAGUGUACGCUAGCCGAUUAAUCUUUUUAUUUCCCGCACACUAUUUCAUCGUUUAUUCUUAAACAGUGUAUGUAUAACUGGUACAAUAGCAGCUUAUUAAUGGCAGAUAUGCAGUUUGUAUGUGAUUUGUUUUUGGCGGGGAAAGUGCAGUGUAUUUUAUUUGGGGGAUCUUUGGUCCUUCUGGGUUACCGUACUAGCAUUUAGCAGCGUGACUUCGGAGGGGUGGUGCUCCUGAAGUUAAUAGAAGCAGUUUGCUAGAGCUCGAAUCUUGACUUGUUAUUACAAUGAGUACUGCUGACAUGAAGAUCAUUACUGUGAUUGGCAGUGGGCUGAUAGGCCGCUCUUGGUCUAUGGUGUUUGUCAGUGGAGGCUACACUGUGAAGAUCUAUGACAACCAACCAGGACAGGCUGCCAAGGCCAUCACAGAGAUCAGGAAGCAGCUGGAGGAGCUGGAGGGAGCCGGCAUGCUGAGAGGGGAGCUGACGGCCACACAGCAGCUCGCCCUGCUCAGCAGUUAUGAUGAUAUGGCCAAGGCGCUGGAGGGAGCCUUCUUUGUGCAGGAAUGUGUAUUUGAGCAACUUGAGGUAAAGCAGAGCGUCUUCCAAGACAUAGAGCGUCUUGUGGGAAAAGAUGUCACCUUGAGCAGCUCCACCUCCUGCCUGGUGCCAAGCAGUGUCUUCUCUAAAGUACAGAACAGGAGCCGCUGCCUCGUCUCCCAUCCGGUUAACCCACCCUACUAUGUCAAACUGGUAGAGCUGGUACCUCACCCAGAGACAGCAGCGACUGUUAUGGACGACACCCAUGCAUUAAUGACCAAGGUCGGCCAGGCGCCCGUCUGUCUGAAGAAAGAAAUCGAUGGCUUUGCUCUCAAUAGAGUUCAGGCGGCCAUUAUCGCAGAGUCCUGGAGGCUGGUCCAGGAUGGCAUUAUCUCUGUCAAGGACAUCGACCUGGUGAUGUCAGAGGGGCUAGGAAUGCGUUACGCCUUCAUAGGUCCAAUGGAAACCAUGCACCUAAAUGCCCCUGAAGGUUUACAAGACUAUAUGAAACGUUAUGGUGAGGGUAUAACGAGGGUCCUGAACUCCUUUGGGCCUGUCCCAGACUUCUCGGGCGAGGGUGCCAAGAGCAUCUUUAAUGAGAUGCGUGAGCUGAUUCCCAGUGACCAGCAGCAUCUGUCAGCCAGGAUUCAGAGGAGGGACCAGCUCCUCAUGAGUCUAGCCAAACUGAAGAAGGAGCACUAAGGCCUCAUUCUGAUCAAAUCAGCGGUUGUGGCGAAAAUGCCAGUCCUCCAGUUCAUUUUGGGUGUGAAGUGCAUUUAAGCCACAGCAAAUGAAGAGUAAAGAUGCUAACAUAACCUGAUGUCACGCUGCAAUGGCCAAUCACAUGAACUGCCGAUUAAGACCAGCUGUUCAACAAGCUGUUUACACUAUACCUAAAAAAUGACUAUAAAUAUAGGCUCCUACUGUAAUAAUUUCAUGUUUUCUUGUUAGUUGACGGUUCUCUGGAAAAGUAGUUGCUCCAAAGCCAAGAUCCUGAAUCUGGCAAUAUUCAGGCAUAUUCAUGAACCAUGUUAUGAUGCUCUCCCAGGUGUGUCCUCCUAACACAGCUGCACAACCCUGGGCUAAUCGCCACAACACCUGAAUUUGGUCUGAACACAGGGUCCGAAAGUGAAGAGCACAUUUUGUGUGAUUAUGACUGCUGCCAGACAAUAGGAAUCUUAUUUCAUGAUUAUCUGUAUGACCCCUGCAAAAGCUUUCCUGAUCCCUCUUAGAUUAUCAAUUAUAAUGAAAGCAACAAAUGGAAAACUAGAGAAGGCAAGUUUUGAAGAAAGUGAAACAAAGACUGUGAAAUUUGAUAGGCCGACAGAUAAGAUUUCAGCAGACAGACACCUCAUCUGAUAACAGUUUCAGUAAUAUCAGUGAUAUUUUGGUUGGGACGAAAAGUUUGGUUGGAGCAAUAAUUAACAUUUGUGGUCUCAAAGUUCCUUUUUUGGAUCGCUGAAGCACAUUUCACACCACCAUUAUGGAAGAACUGAGGUUUGCAAAUUAAGAAGAAGGAGGAUCAGUUUCAAUAAAAUAAUAUUCUAAAUCUGCUGAAUUUGCUAUUUUUGUCUGCCAUUUGAUCUCAGGACUAAGACUGUGGUAAAUGAGAGACAGAAUUUAAGACGAUCAUGUCACUAGGUGCUAGAGACCGCAUAAUGGUCUCCUGUUCAAAUUGAUUCUGUGAAAAAUGUGAAAUUGUGUUUUGAUCAAUAAAAAUAAUGGAAUCACA